AUGUUCUAUGACCUGAAUGUCCCUUACAGCCCCGAUGACCCGGAGGCCCCGCACACCCUGAAUUUCCUGGCGGAACUCGGUUACACUACCGUGGCCUUGUCCCAGUCCGUCACCGGCAAGCUUCCUCCGAACCUCACUCCGCCAGCUCUCCCGUCGAAUCCGCCGAAAUCUCUCCAACUACUGACCCGCUUGAACCUGACCUUGUCCGACCCCGCGCAGAACCAGCGCCUGAACAGCCUGACCCAGUUCUACGAUAUCGUUGCUCUCCGUCCGACGAACGAAAAGGCCCUUCUCAGUGCCUGUACGAACCUGGAAUGCGACGUGAUCUCGCUGGAUCUGUCUGUGCGACUUCCGUAUCAUUUCAAAUUCAAAAUGCUGUCGGCUGCGAUAUCACGUGGUGUUCGUCUCGAGAUUUGCUAUGGACCGGGUGUCACGGGAAGCGGUCUGGAUGCUCGACGGAAUCUUAUUGGAAAUGCCAUGUCUUUGAUCCGAGCUACACGCGGCCGCGGCAUUAUCGUGUCAAGUGAGGCGCGGCAAGCCCUCGGCCUACGAGCUCCUUGGGAUGUGAUCAAUUUGACUUGUGUCUGGGGUCUGUCACAAGAGCGGGGGAAGGAAGCUAUUUGUGAGGAGACGAGGAAAGUUGUGGCGCUUGCCAAAUUGAAGCGGACCAGCUGGCGCGGCAUCGUCGACAUUGUUCAUGGGGGCGAGAGAGCCAAAUCUGGUAAACCCUCACAAAACCAGAAAGGCAAAGAACAUGCUUCGGUUUCGGCACAGCCGGGAGCCAUUGGCGAUACUUUAAAACGAAAGGCCUCCCUCGGUUCGGAGACCGUGACCGAGGAACCCGAGAAGGCCUUGUCGAAGAGAGAGAUGAAACGACGAGCCAAAAAGGCCAAGUUUGAGUCACGAGGAGCAGACGCAAGCUGA